CGAAUUCUUGGACAAGUCUCAAAUUGUCAUCGUUUCGUGCACGUACUCGGAACUCGACAAAUUUUUUUUUCCCCUCUUGUGUCACAUCAAAAUCCCGUGCGGUUUUUUUCUCCCCCCUUCAAACGAAUCAACGAUCAUUACAAUAAGCCUGCUAGAAUGGUCUGGAUUACCGUCGAAGAUAAGAUGGCUGGAAAGCCGAAUAAUCAAGCGCUUUAUGCUCAAAGCCAAUUGGAUCAUAUGUGUGCACUUGACAUAGACAGUCAUGCAUCCUUCGUACGUCUUUCUGGUAUAAUCUGUACGAUUGGACCGGUCUCGAGAUCCGUAGAGACCUUGGAGAAGAUGAUUGAAACUGGUAUGAAUAUUGCCAGGAUGAACUUCUCUCAUGGAUCUCACGAGUAUCAUGCUGAGACUAUUAAAAAUGUUAGAGAAGCACAAAAAAAUUUAUCAGCUCGUGCUGGCAUCAAUAUUCCUGUAGCCAUUGCUCUUGACACCAAAGGACCAGAGAUUCGUACCGGACUUUUAGAAGGCGGCGGCUCGGCUGAAGUGGAAUUGGUCAAAGGGCAGGCCUUUAAAUUGUCGACUGAUAAAGUUUAUUUGGAGAAGGGUAAUGCUAGUACGAUAUACGUCGAUUAUGAGAAUAUUUCGAAAGUUUUGAAGGUCGGCAAUCGUGUAUUCGUGGACGAUGGUUUGAUAUCUCUCAUCGUUACUGCAGUGAGUCCAAACUUAAUUACCACAACCGUUGAGAAUGGUGGAAUGUUGGGGUCUCGUAAAGGCGUUAAUCUACCGGGUGUCGCAGUAGAUUUGCCAGCAGUUUCUGAAAAGGACAAGUCAGAUCUUGUAUUUGGUGUCGAGCAAGAAGUCGAUAUGAUAUUUGCAUCGUUCAUUAGAAAUGCCGCGGCACUUACCGAGAUACGUGAUAUAUUAGGUGAAAAGGGUAAAAAUAUCAAGAUUAUUUCGAAGAUAGAGAAUCAACAAGGUAUGACAAAUCUCGAUGAGAUCAUAGAAGCGUCCGAUGGUAUAAUGGUUGCUCGUGGUGAUCUUGGUAUUGAAAUACCACCGGAAAAAGUUUUUCUUGCGCAAAAGUCUAUGAUAUCCCGUUGUAAUAAAGUUGGUAAGCCUGUUAUAUGUGCUACUCAGAUGUUGGAGUCUAUGGUAAAGAAGCCACGUGCUACAAGAGCCGAAACAUCGGACGUGGCCAAUGCCGUACUCGAUGGCGCCGAUUGCGUUAUGUUAUCAGGUGAAACUGCUAAAGGUGAUUAUCCUUUGGAUUGUGUACGUACAAUGGCCAAUAUUUGCAAAGAGGCCGAAGCUGCAAUUUGGCAAACACAGAUCUUCCAUGAUCUUUCAAGCAAAGCAUUACCACCAAUUGAUGCUACUCAUGCCGUUGCUAUUGCCGCCGUAGAAGCGUCGGUCAAGUGUUUAGCCAGUGCUAUUAUUGUGAUUACUACGUCGGGCCGGUCAGCACAUCUUAUUGCCAAGUAUAGGCCACGCUGUCCGAUUAUCGCGGUCACUAGAUUCCAUCAAGUUGCGCGGCAAGCACAUCUUUAUCGUGGCAUUUUACCGCUUUACUACGAUGACGCACCACUCUCUGAUUGGUUGAAAGAUGUCGAUGUAAGGGUACAGUAUGGAUUGAAAUUUGGAAAGAGUCGUGGUUUCGUACAAGCUGGAGAUUCCGUUGUUGUCAUCACUGGUUGGCGACAGGGUUCUGGAUUUACAAAUACUCUUCGCAUAGUAACCGUGGACUGAACCAACACUGGUAAUGAUGGGUCUCGUUCAUGAUUAAUUACUUUUGCACAAUGAUUAUUAUUGCGCAAAAUGAUCGAUCAUUGGAUGAGCCUCGUAAUCCUUCAGACAUAGUUCUCAUUUAAAAAAAAAAUACAA